AUGACUACAAUCCCGAAAUGUCAGCGAUUUCACGUGUACGCGAAAGCAAAUUCAGACCAUAUAAAACGCCGCAAGUCCAUAUUAAAUCAGAAAGCAAAGAGAAAUUAGAGAAAUAAAGUUAGCUGUGAUAUAAAAGCUGCGGAUUUUUAACUUUUUAUUUUGAAUUCAUUGAUUACUAUUGUAAUACACUAUGGGUUUACUUCUAUCGAGACUUUCCAAGCUGUUUGAGGACUGGGGCACGACCCAGGCCAGGAUCCUGAUGCUCGGGCUAGAUGCCGCAGGAAAGACAACCGUUUUGUACAAGUUGAAGCUGAACGAGACCGUAUCCACGAUUCCCACGAUCGGGUUUAACGUGGAGACCGUGUCUCCCGUGAAGGGCCUCACGUUCACCGUCUGGGACGUCGGUGGACAGGAUAAGAUCCGACCUCUAUGGCGCCACUACUUCCAAAACGCUGAAGGCUUGAUAUACGUGGUUGACAGCUCGGACCGGAGCCGGAUGGCGGAAGCCCGGGAGGAGCUGUUCGGUAUCCUUGAGAGUGACGAGAUGAGGGGCGUCCCAGUCGUCGUUCUCGCUAACAAACAGGAUCUCCCGAACGCUCUGUCGACUUCGGGUGUUGUGGACCAGUUGUGCCUUAACAAGUUGACUGGCCGGAAGUGGUACGUGCACGGCUCGUGCGCCACGACCGGAGACGGGAUUUAUGACGGCAUGUCGCACCUGUCCACCAUGGUCAAAGAAUUCAAAAAAGGAAACAACAGCCCGUACUGAGGAGUCCGGACGGACACCAGAGAAAAUACCCCGUUCACUGACACACUGAAUAACUGUACGUGUUGUUCACUGUUACUGUCAUGUGCACGAUCGUGCGCGCAUGUGUUGAGCGUAGACUGGAACAUUGAUUUUCUAUUACCAUAUCGAAAGAACAUCAUAUUUUACGAGUUCCAUCAUACAGUGUGAUGUAUAAAAAUAUGCAUGUUAUUACAACUGCAUUUAUCAUAAUAAUCGUCUACUUCGGUACCGUGUCACAAAAUUAAUAGUGUACACACCUGUCUUGAGACUGUGAUAAUCCACGUGAUUUGCAUUUCUGUUAUAUUUCUAUUAUAUUGUUUGUAAAUUGGUAUAUUUUUAUAUGCGUUAUAUCCAUUUCGUACCUUACUUGUUGUGCAAUAUUGAUGUGUGUUUUUGUUGAUUUAAAAUAAAUACUUACAAUUGGA